AUGGAUACUGUGGUUAAGACUAUUUUGGAAGAGGAUCAGGAAGAAGAGGGGAAGGGUUUAGUAAUAUUUGGACGAGAUGUCUCAAAAAUACCGUGCUUCAGAGAGAGCUUUUUAUAUGGUCUUUCAUCAGGUGUUGGUGUUGGUUUAGCAGCAUUUUUGAAGACUUCAAGACCUCUUUUCUCUCAACAUGUGGGAAUGGCAACCUUCACUGUGACCACUUUACUUUAUUGGUCCUACUGCAGAUAUGAUUGGUCGAGGCAAAAAUUUGAUGCCCAGUUAAUGCAAGAAUCAUUAAAGGACAAAAUGAAGUAUGAAGGGACUGCUGUAGAAAAGGAACUAGAAAAACAAGUUUCGUUUUUAAAGAAGCGAUGGAAGAAUUUAAAGGAUCAGUAUCGAAAAGAAUUAAAAAAGCUUCCCACACCCAGAUCAGGCGCUCCAGGAGAUAAUAUUCAGUCUUCGUGGCAGUAUUUCGAACAGAUGAAUUUUUUGCGAAAUGAAGUUAUGCGUGAUAAUUCAGACACAAAUUUAACAACGGUUGAUAGUCAAUUACCGAAUACUUCAAUGUCUUCACCGUGCAUAGAAACAAAUUCACCGGAGUCCGUAUUUAUUAAAGAAGAAGAUAUAAAUCUAGGUUCGCCUACAUCUUCUGUGAAUGAUCAGGAACUGACGUCAGUAGGCGAUGAUGACGUACUUAAUAUAAAUACACCAUUGUCAAUUAAUACCGCUAGUUCUAGUACCCUAAAAAGAAAGACUGCAAAUGAUAUUCGGAUGGAAAUGUAUGAAUUAGAGAAAAAACGAUUAUUAUUGUUAGAGAAAGAUUUGCAACAAAAUUCAAACGCAAAUCAAUAUGGCGAAAGUAAAUCAGAUGAUUAUUAUUACUUGAUGAGUUUGUUACCACAAAUGGAGUCAUUUACUCCAUUACAAAAAUUUAAAGUUAGGAACAGAAUUAAUAAAGUAAUGAUGGAAGAAAUGCAAAAUUCAAAGUCUGGGGAUCCAAAUAGAAGGAAUUCUAUUUCUCGCAUGUCUCGUGGGUAUAGAACUCAAACACCCGAAUAG